AUGGUCAGUGAGAGGGUGUCAAUUCCUCAGCUCUCCUCGUUGAUUGAAUGUUAUACCAUCAUUUGUUUGCCAAAAGUCAUCACCGAGCUCCGAAAAAUCAACCCCGAAAGAAGAAUAAUCCUCCACCAAGACAAUGCAAGCACGCACACAUCCCAAAAAACAAGGCAGUAUUUAACGGAAGAAAACGUGGACUUAUUAGACCAUCCUCCAUUUAGUCCUCAUCUAAGUAAUAACGAUUUCUUUACUUUCCCGAAAAUUAAAAACAGACUGCGUGGUCAAAGGUUCCAGUCAUCAGAAGAAGCAGUUGACGCAUUCAAAAAUGCCGUUUUUGAUCUGCCAGCAAACGAGUGGAAUAAGUGCUUCGAAAAUUGGUUCGAGCGCAUGCAGAUGUGUAUUAAUCUUCGUGGAGAAUACUUAGAAAAACAAUAA